AAAUGGAGCACAAGGCCAGUCGAUGCAACUAGAGCAGAAAGAGCUCCUCCCUCACCCAGAUCCACCUACCUCUCGUCAGGUCAAAGAACCAGUCCCCGCCGGGCGCCGGUCAUGGCCACGGGCAGCGGCGUCGCGGCGACCAUGGUGGCGGUGGGCCUGGUGUGGGGCGCCACCAACGCCCUCAUGCGCCGGGGCGCGCUCAUCUGGGACCGCCGCGCCCGCUCCUCUUCCGGCAGCGUCGUCCGGCGGUGGGCGGACCUCAUCCUGACGUGGCAGUACUCGGCGCCCUUCGCCGCCAACCUGUGCGCGUCCGCCGCCUUCUUCGCGCUCCUCGGCGCCGCGCCCAUCUCCGUCGCCGUCCCCGUCACGAACGCCACCACCUUCGCCGCCACGGCCGCCGCGGCCGCGGCCCUCGGCGAGCGCGUCCGCCCUGCGCCCGCCGCGUUCGGCACCGCUCUCAUCGUCCUCGGCGUCUGGGUCUGCAUCUCCUAGCUAAGCACUUCUAGCCAGUUAGCUAUUCGAUUCAACAGCAACAGCGGGAUGGGAAGGACCUCAUCUCUUGCUGAUGAUCAGAUAGAUUCCCAAAGAAUGUUGCGCUUGCGCUCGUGAAUCUAUUGAUCGGUUGACGUGCUUGAGGUGAAAAAUCUCAACGAAUUGUUAGUUCUGUGAAGUGACAUUAGAUCUUGUUGAUUUGGUCUGUGUCCUCAGUAGGAACAACUUGGCAAUUCUGAGUUUUUUUUUUCUCUCCCUGUGUUGGUAUUUGUAUGAACUCUGCCAAGUUUGUUGUUUGGAGCCACACCAUUACAUUA